AUGAAUAUCGGAACCCUAGACAUCCAUCACGAUGCGUCAAGAGCAUGUCCCCAAGAGUGUUUGGACGUCCCUAGAACAUUUCCCUCCGAUGGCUUCAAGCUGCUAGACAGCCUCGAGAAGGUGGAAGAAGAAGAUUGGGACUGGUACAGCGCAGAGGCUUAUUAUCCCGUCCGUAUAGGCGAUACUUUCCAGUCACGGUACCAGAUUGUUGGAAAGCUGGGAUAUGGAGCUCAUUCUACAGCAUGGCUCAGUCGAGAUCUUCAGUAGGUAUUGUCUCGAUACAGUCGCUGGACCACGCUGACCGAAAGUCACAGUGCACACCGAUUCGUUGCCCUGAAGGCCUGCGAGCGAGGAAGUCCGUCUGCCGAACGUGAGCUGGCUGCGUAUCAGCAGCUGGAAUCUCUCACCACGGAAUAUCUGGGUGCAUUGGUCAUUCGGCAGCUGCUUGACAGCUUCACCAUCAGAGCAUUUGGUCAUGAGUACCGAUGCAUGGUCCACGAGCCGCUGGGAAUGAGUGUCGAGAUUCUGCAGCAUUUGAUGCCCAAUCAACAGCUGUCCGAGGAUGCUCUCUCAAGUCUGUGCUCAAGUACCUUUUGCUGGCGCUGGACUGUUUGCACAGUGAAGGCAAGAUGGUCCACACAGGUAACACGACUCCCCUCCACGAAUUGCGAUUCCUGACGCAUGGCAAUAGACUUACAGGCGUCGAACAUUCAUUUCCGUGUCGGAGACGACAGUAUCUUUGAUGACUUCGCAGAGGCAGAGAUGGACAAUCCAAUCCCUCGCAAGGUCGACGGAGAUCGAGUCAUAUACGAAUCCAGAGGACUCAAGAUGCCCAAAAAGACUGGCCCUCCCGUGCUUUGCGAUUUCGGCGAAGCUCGCUUGGGCAGGAGCUCCUACACCGAUGAUAUACAGCCAUAUGUCUAUCGAGCGCCCGAGGUCAUCCUCGACAUACCCUGGUCGUAUGAGGUCGAUAUCUGGAACGUAGGAGUCAUGGUAUGCCACGACACGUCCGUGCUAUGAAUCGAAAACCACUAAGACUGACACAUCACAGAUCUGGGACCUCUUCGAAGGCCGACAUCUCUUCCGCGCUCGCGGCCCCAACGGCGCUCGAUCGAGCGAGUACCACCUUGCCGAGAUGGUGGCGAUUCUCGGCCUGCCACCUGCAGAGUACCUGCGGCGCACCCCAACUUCACGCAAAUACUUCGACGACCAUGGCGCUUGGAAAGCUGCGGCUGUUGUUCCGGAAACCUCGUUGGAGACGAUCGAAACGCGUUUGAGUGGCGACAACAAGGCGGCUUUCUUGGCUUUUGUGCGCAAGAUGCUGCUGUGGUGUCCUGAGAGGAGAUAUACCGCUAGGCAGCUUCUUGAUGAUUCCUGGCUAAAUUCGUGA